AUGGACCGGGGAAACCCCUCCGUCUCCGUCCACCUCACGGGCUACGACGGCAUCGACCCUGGCGGCGCCGGCCGUGUGGUCUCGCCGGCUUUCAACAUCACGCUCCGUCUGAACGAUACCUGCGUCGACCGCGCGGACAUGGCCGUGAUGUACUCCGGCGUCGCGCUCGGGUGGGCGCGCGUGGAUCCGCGGGACUGCGCCAAGAGGCGAUGGGCCAAGGACGUGGAGGUGGUGGCCCGGGGCGUUGGGGUGGGGCUGUCGCAGCGCCUCCGCGACCGCAUGGCGUUGGAGUGGCGCGCAGGCGCGGUGGAGCUCGACGUCGACGUGACGACGUACAAGGAAGACCCACCCUGUACUGACACCGAGUUCCCCCAAGACAUGAUCGUGCACAAGGUAAGGAUCAUUCAUGAGAAAGAAGAAGAACAAGCUACAACAAUCGACGCCUCCUCGCAAAUGUUCUGGCCCGCGUGA